AAACCACACAUUGAGAUACAAUCGAGCAACAAACAAGCAGAGAACAAACUGAAAGCCAAAAACAGAAACGAAGGAAACGAAACAAUUGAAACUAACUCGGAGAAAUUAAGACACCAAGAAGAUUGAAAUUAACGCAGAGAAAUUAAGGGAUACUUAUCUGUGUGAUUUAUGGGCGAGAGAUUGUUGACUCUUUGUAUUGAAAUUGAACAGCAGAAAGUGAUAGAAUUGAAUUUGAUUUUGGUGAAAUUGGGCUCUAGGGUUUUUCGUUGUUUAUCCACUUUUAUCGAUGGAUAAGCAGAAUCGGAAUUAAUGACACAUAUCAAUUCAAAACACGGCACUGAUCUCUUAUAAUUAACUGAAAUUGUGCGAAUUAUUUUAUAUAUCAUGGAGUAUAUUAUUAUCAACUGUUGUACAAGUAGUAGUAAUGGAUGUUAAAGAAGAAUAUGGGUCAUUUUAAUUUGAAAUGGGUCGGGAUUGGAUGAAUUUUGGUUUCAUAUAUGGGCGUCUUUCAUGAUGAUGAUGAUGAUAUGCAGAAGAAAUUGAACUUCUUCAACUUGAAAGAAGAAGAAGCCGUGAUUCAGAUAUCCUCCUCCUUUCUUCUACUACUUAUGUCUGGAAAGUUGUUAAGGAGCACUUGUGUCUGGAUAUGGGGCGGGUUAUGUUCAGAUAAUGAUGGGCCUCCACCCGAUAAUCAAAUUUCAACCCGACGGGUCUCGAUUAAAAGUGAAGAAAGAGGAUGGAACUAGGGUUUUAGAUUUAGAUUUGAUUCAUCCAUUUCUUCUCCCGUUCCUUGAAUGGCUCUGCAACUAAGAUCAAGAUUUCGACCCAUCCAAAACCCAAAUCUAAUCAAGUUAUUCUCAUCGGAGUCUAAUAAUAAUGGUGACAAGGUUCCAUCAUCAUCAUCUUCCUCUCUUUUCAGUGAUGUUAAAGAAAGUCUACAACAACCAUCAUCAUCACCGCCUCGAAGAAAUACUUUAAAUGAUUCUCCUCCUCCUCCUCCUUCUUCUGCUCCUAAAUUAGACGAAAUUAGAAAAAAUCUCUCUGAAUUUCGUCGUAGAUCUUCUGUUCCUCCUCAACCAACGGCUUCAUUUCAAGAUCUUUACAAGAGAAACGUCCCUGAGAAAACUGAUGAAAAUAAACAGGGGAACGUUUCGAUUAAUUCAAUUCGUGAAAGCUUAAGAAAUAUUCGGAAAAUCAGUGAGAAACCAAAUGCUCGACCUAAUAAUUCCUUUAAAUCAUUCGUGAACCAAGAGACUAAUCAAUCUAAUGCAGCGUUAGGAGGAGGAUCGGAAUUACCCAGUGAUAUUUUUGGUGGUAAGGAAAUCAAGGAAAAAUCAGAAGCUGAGAUGGAAGCAAUGAAAACUGAGUUUUUGAAUCCAUACUCUCAUGAAGAAUUAGGUCGAAAACUUCGACAGCUUAGACCAGAUGAGACUACUAAAAAGGAGUUCACAGUACAUGGAUUGAAUGAGAGGCUUAAGAAAUUGAGAGUAAUGGAAGAACAAGUUGUUGAUAAGGUUGGAGGGUUGCCACUUAAGAGUCUUAAAGAGAGUUUAUUGAAAUUGAAGCUUGAUUCUGAUGAAAAAUCUAGGAUGCAGAUGGAUAAUAUUUCUAUAUUCGGUGGAUACUGGAAUCAAUAUACUGGACCUGCAAAGGAGCUUUUAGUUGAAAAGUAUUUCCAUCCAGAUAACAUGUCUUCAGAAGAGAAGAUGAAGUUGGAGCUCAAGAAAGUUCGGGACGAGUUUAAAAUAUCAGAGUCGGACUGUGGAUCUUCCCAUGUUCAAGUUGCUCAACUGACAACAAAAAUCAAGCAUCUAUCAUCUGUUUUACAUAAAAAGGAUAAGCAUUCUAGAAAGGGGCUGGUAGCAAUGGUGCAAAGGAGGAAGAAGAUUCUUAGAUAUCUCCGAAGAACAGACUGGGAUUCUUAUUGCCAAGUUCUCUCACAACUUGGGCUGAGGGACAAUCCAGACUACAAACACUAAGCCUCAAAAUCUCUCUACUUCACAUUAUUAUGCGCUGACAAUUUUCUUGAUUUUGUAGUUUUGUUACAUUCUUUGGUUAUUUUUAUACUCACUGUUGUCUAAACAGUGAUAUAUUAUGUAACUGGGUUUAGAAAUGAGAUUUUUCUGGUUUUUGUAUUUCAAGCAAACAGAGCUGGUAACAAGCACCAUUAUUUAGUGUUAAAGCUCAGUCUUUAGUAGACUCUUUAGACGAACAA